GCUGCCAACAACGCAAGAGAAUGGCAGCUUUGGGCAACGAUGUAGUGCUGGGUCUCCUCGGGACGGGCAAGAUCGGCAGCGCCGUCAUGACGGGCUACUGCUCGCCGGUCGCCGCCAAGUCGACAUGGGAGCCCAAGGCCAUCUUCGUGAGCCCGCGCGGGACGGAGAAGGCCAAGGCGCUCCAGGCCAAGUUCCCGGCCAAGGUCACGAUCGCGGCCACGAACCAGGCCGUCAUUGAUGCGUCCAACGUCAUCUUCAUUGGCUUGCUUCCGGACAUUGCGCGCCAGGAACUGCCGGCGCUCACCUUUCCGCCGCACGUCACGGUCAUCUCGAUGAUGGCCACGAUCCCGUACGACGAGCUCGUCCAGCUCGUGCGUCUCCCCAAGGCGAACGUGGUGCGCACGGUCCCGCUGCCAAGCUCGUCGCGUCGCACGGGUCCGAUCCUCGCGUACCCCAAGCAGUCGUACGUGGAGCAGCUCUUGCUGCAGAUCGGGACACCGGUGAUGGUUGACACGGAGAGCGAAGUGACGACGCUUACGGGCAUGACGGCCAUGAUCUCGUUCUUCUACGCGACAUGCGGCCACCUCCAGCAGUGGUGCGUCAACAACGGCGUUGAGGACUCGGCGUCGCGCGCGUACGUUGCCUCGUUCUUCCAGUCGCUCGCCGACGCGGGCAUGGUGUCGACCGAAGCCUUCCACGACAUGGCCGAGGAGGCCGCGACCCCCGGCGGCCUCAACGAGCAGACCCACCGCGGCCUCACGAGCACGGGCGCGUACGAGCUCAUGCUCGACCAGGUCGACGCCAUCUUCACGCGCUUGACCAAGGCCGCGCCGGCGCCGCGUCGCUAGCGGCGGAACCGCCCACCCUAGAUCUCGGUCGCUACAAACACGGUGUGGAUUUUCACGUGGCUUUGUUUUUUAAAUGACUUGUUCAUGUAUGUUAUCCGGAA